AUGAAUCGUUAUACAACUAUGAAACAACUUGGAGAUGGAACGUAUGGCAGUGUGUUGAUGGGGAAGAGCAACGAAACAGGGGAGCUUGUGGCCAUCAAGAGAAUGAAAAGGAAGUUCUACUCGUGGGAUGAAUGUAUGAAUUUGAGAGAAGUCAAGUCACUGAAGAAACUGAAUCAUGCCAAUGUGAUAAAGCUAAAAGAAGUUAUCCGAGAAAAUGAUCAUCUUUAUUUUGUGUUUGAGUAUAUGAAAGAAAAUUUGUAUCAAUUAAUGAAGGACAGAAAUAAGUUGUUCCCAGAGUCUGUCAUCAGAAACAUUAUGUAUCAGAUAUUGCAAGGACUAGCUUUUAUCCAUAAACAUGGUUUUUUCCACCGGGAUAUGAAGCCAGAAAACCUGCUCUGUAUGGGUCCAGAACUUGUUAAAAUAGCUGAUUUUGGACUGGCUAGAGAGCUAAGAUCUCAGCCCCCAUAUACUGAUUAUGUUUCUACCAGGUGGUAUCGGGCACCUGAGGUUUUGCUGAGAUCUUCGGUUUAUAGUUCCCCUAUUGAUAUAUGGGCGGUUGGCAGCAUAAUGGCUGAACUAUAUACAUUAAGACCCCUUUUCCCGGGAACAAGUGAAGUUGAUGAAAUCUUCAAAAUUUGCCAAGUGUUAGGAACCCCAAAGAAGAACGAUUGGCCAGAAGGGUACCAGCUUGCGGCGGCGAUGAACUUCCGCUUCCCCCAGUGCGUCUCCAUAAACUUAAAGACUCUAAUCCCAAAUGCUAGCAAUGAAGCGAUCCAGCUUAUGAAUGAAAUGCUGAACUGGGAUCCAAAGAGACGACCGACAGCAAGUCGGGCGCUGAAGUUGCCCUACUUCCAAGUUGGCCAAGUUUUAGGACCACCUCCGCAAUAUCUGGACCAGAAACAGCCACAUUCUAAGUUAAUCCAGCCGACAGAGCCAAAGCCAUCUCUAUCCAAGCUAGAACCUCUAUCAAAAUUAGAAUCGAUAUCUAAGCCAGAAUCUCAGAUGUCACCAAAUGCGCCUGACAGAUUUCAGCUGCAGCCUCUACUGAAGAAUAACUCACAGCCCCUCCAGCCAAUUCAGCUCCCACAGAACUCAACCAACCAGCAACCGUCAAAGCAACAGCAAUCGUUCUUUCCAGCCAUCAAUAAAAACGCAUCACCAAAGCAAACAGCCAUAGGACCUUCAAAUGGGGCAGUGGGCCUGAAAAAUUGUCGGCGACGAUGGGGUCAGACUGUAUUAAAGACUAUGGAUAGUUGGGAUGAUUUUGAGGAUGCAGAAUUUGGAAUUUCGUAUUCUAAGAAACCCAGCAUUGCAACAGUGAAUGAAAAGAAAACAAAGGAAUCUCUCUUUAGUGUUCCUAAAUCCCCUACAUCAGGCCCACCAGGUGGAGAAAACAAAGUUCUGAAGAGAAAUGACUCUGGGAUAUCUACUACAUCAGCGAAACAGUACUACCUUAAGCAGUCAAGAUACAUACCUGGAGCAGCCAAUAAAGAAGGAUGCCAUGGAACCUGGAACAAUUCUGUGUUUUCAAAACCGCUCGCACCUGUUGGAGGUCUGUCGUUCAGCCGAGUCAGUGCAGGAAAUGCUGGCUUUGUAGGUGCUGCCUACAAUGCCCCUGGAGGCUAUAUCCCUUCCUUUCACAAAAACGAAGUUGGUUCAGCUGGUCAGAGGAUACAGCUGGCACCGCUUGGGCCAUCAGCCACAGCCGGCCGUGCUCAGUUACCAGGGACUACUUACAACCCAGCCACCAAAGGCAUUAACAUCUUGACUCGGCCCCAGCCCGUACAGCCAGUACACGGAAGAACAGAUUGGAUGGCCAAGUAUGGAGGACAUCGGUAG